UGCCGCUCCGCACACGUGACGUCAGCGGGAGCACGUGGGUUUGUUAUUGCAGGAAGUGAAGAUGGCGGCUCAGUCGUUGCUCUCCGAGUCUCUGCUCGGAUGGUCUAUUUUCACCUUUAUACUCUUGGUAAUCUUGGCUUUCUGUUGGGUCUACAUUCGGAAAUUUCAAAGCCGUCAGGAGAGUGAAGUUGUUUCAACUAUCACAGCAAUAUGUGCACUGGCCAUUGCUUUGAUAACGUCUGCACUUCUACCAGUGGAUAUAUUCCUUGUUUCAUUCAUGAAGUACCCCAAUGGUACCUAUAAGGAAUGGGCAGCAAACAAUGAGACAAGGGGCCAAAUUGAAGACACUGUGCUGUAUGGAUAUUACACGCUUUACUCCAUCAUACUAUUCUGCGUCUUCCUAUGGAUCCCCUUUGUUUAUUUCUACUAUGAAGAAAAGGAUGACGACAACAUGAACAAAUGCUCGCAAGUGAACAACGCUCUGAAGUACACAAUUGGAUUUGCCAUUGUCUGUGUGGUGCUUCUUUUAAUUGGAGCUUUUGUUCCACUCGAGGCCCCACCUGGUCAGAAUUCCACCCAAUGGGAGAAAGUACAAUACCUCUUUGAGGAGCUUGGGAGUAGUCAUGGUCUACCUGCUCUGUCUUUCUCCAUCAGCUCCUUGACCUUGAUUGGCAUGUUGGCAGUGAUUACUUACACGGCAUACGGUAUGUCUGUCCUGCCUUUGAAUCUGAUAAAAGGCACCCGGAGUGUGGUGUAUGAACGCCUGGAGAACACAGAGGACAUUGAUGAUGUUGAACAUCAGAUAGAGAAGCUGAAAUCCAAGUGUACUGAUGGACGUCCCCUUUCAUCAAGGGAUAGACAAAACCUGCAGGAGCUGGAGGGCAAACUGCAGGUCCUCCGGCGCAGGGGGAGACACCUGGAAAUUGCAGAGAGGAACUGUUGCACUAAAGUGGGAAGUGCUCUCAGGCCUGUCAAAAUAUUGCUGGGCAUUUUCUUUAUCCUGGUUGCACUGCUGUUCACUGUUGCCCUGUUCAUUUCAAAUUUGGAUAAAGCUCUCCACUCUGCUGGCAUCAGCUCUGGGUUCAUAAUUUUUGGCACCAACCUAACCAAUCCUCUGAAUGAACUUCUAUUAGCCUUACAACCUGUUUUUCCAUUGGAUUAUAUCCUGAUCACGGUCAUCACCAUGUACUUUGUAGUCACAUCCAUGGCUGGCAUUCGCAACAUGGGCAUCUGGUUCUUCUGGAUAAGGCUGUACAAAAUAAGACCUAAGAGAACUCGCCCCCAGGCUCUUCUCUUCCUCUGUAUGAUUCUACUCUUGAUUGUCCUUCACACCAGCUACAUGAUCUACAGCCUAGCCCCACAAUAUGUCAUGUAUGGCAGCCAGAAGUAUCUUGUACAGAGUCAGAUGCCCACAGCAGGUCUCACAUCUGGAAAUGCUACUUCUGGCACCACGAGGAUCUGUGAUGCUGACGCGCCUGAGGACCAGUGCACUGUGACAAGAUCCUAUCUUUUCCUCCACAAGUUUUGGUUCUUCAGCACUAUCUACUACUUCGGUAACUGGGCCUUUAUUGGGGCUUUCCUCAUUGGGCUGGUGGUGUCCUGCUGCAGAGGGAAGAAGUCUGUGAUUGAAGGAGAGGUGGAGGCCGAUGACUCAGACUUAAGUGAUGAUGAAUACGUGCACUGAGAAUCAGUAUUCACGGAGGCGGAUUGGUAGAUAUUCCAACUUAAAGGGACUAGAAAGUACAAUUUCAUAAACAAAUAAACGGAUGUCAGUAACUUGUCAUAGUUUAAUUUAUUUCUUUUAAGGAGUUAUUGCAUGUGGAUUCCAGAAUGUUCUGAGUUGACACGUCCCUCCCCUUAAUGAGACCCCUCAGACUGAUUGUUGUGUCUUUCUCAGUCAAUAUUAUUGAUGACUUUGGGGUUCAGGGAGCGUCCUCCAACUCAAUCCUACCUUGAGAAUUCACUUAUCAACAGUUUGAAACUGACAAAUUGGUCAUUUUUCUACUGGAGGAGACACACUUAUUCCGGCAGCAGAGACAGAAUCAUAUGCUGCCCCAGAACUUUAUGUCUAAGCUUUAUUUGCAGACAGAGCUUGGACGUAAACUUACUUUUUAAAUCCUAUAAGCACUUUCUAGACCCUUUAAGUGGUUGUUUGUGACAUUAUCGAUAGCAGGCUUUAAUAUACCUAUAUUAUGAAAACGAUUGAGCCUACACAAACUGCUCUGCUUGCUUGUUUUCUGAAAAGGUAAUUGGUAUAAAAAAAAAUGAUGAUCCAUAAAUGUCGACAGCAGUAACAUUUUCAAAGUUUAUUAGGCUUGUUUUUUUGUUUUUUUUGUCUAAGGUCAAAUAUAGUGCUAGAGGACUUGCUGUUUUCCUUACAUUUAGAUAUUUGCAAUUUCAGGCCAUUAUUAAAUCAAACAUUACUAUACUUGGAUACCUGCACUGUGUGUGCAGAUGUAAAGGACCAAUUAUGGUUGAUGUGGAAGUUUUAGUUACUCUCAGUUUUUAAUCAGAUGGCUUCAACAGGUUUAUUUCCUCUCUGUGCUGGAACGGCAUGACAAAAAAAAAAGAAUAAAUCAAAGAUAUGGAUGUAAUUUUCUUUUAACUAAGGCAUACUGUAUGUUUUGUCAGUGCUCUAGAGUUCAACAGCAGGCUUGUUACAGAGAAAUAUUAAUGGGAAAUAUUAAUUUCCUGUGUUUGAUUUCUUUGAUCUUCCUUCUUUAUUUCUUUCAAAAAAACAAAAACAAAAAAAUAGAAACUGUUGAUUUAAUUAACUGACAGACAUUUCUUGUGUUUUUUAAUUUAGAAACUAAAUGUUUGUGCCUCAUGAAUGUAUAAUACCAUGACGGGCACAAGUACUGUAGAUGCUCCCCUGAAUUAGCCUCAUUGACAGUCAGUGGGACCAACCUCUGGUAAUGUGGUCAGAUAAUUCUGACAGAAGCUGCAUCACAUGUAGUUUUCACCUGUGAUUGGUUGAAAAAGAAUGCAGUUGAAAGUGAAAAGUGUGUUAAUAUUUAAUGAUACCUGUAUUUAAAGAAAUAAAACAAUUUCAAACACA